AUGGUGCGAAACGCAGUGGAAUCAAAGGUCCACAUCAGCGAAGCACUCGGUCUAGGCUCGACGACUGUCACGCAAAACCGUCAGGGUACAGGCGGAAACUCAAACUUGAUACUGGGAGAGUCAUCCUGUGGUCCCCAAGUCAUCGAUGAAAUUUCACGAAGUCUCGAUCUGAUCGCCAGAUUAUGGCUCACCAUCAACUUCGACACGCUACCACUUGGGCAGAUGUAUCCUAACCCAACUCAGGUUGCCUGGGAGGAUAACAAGAGCCUUAAUCAAGCGAUCAAAAGUCAAUUUGCUAUGAAUCAUGCUGAUUCGAACCACUCCGUCGAAUUGCAUCGUGGUAGAAUUCCAUCUGCUUUCAACAUGGCAAUCCUCUGCGAACGAUACAACUUCUCCAUUCGAUGGACUCAUAAUUUGGCUGAUCAUUUACGGAUUGACGGAGAAUCGGGUAAAAUAACCGUCACGUUAUAUGAGCACAUUGUGUGUCUCUGGAAUCAUUUGCAGUACUCGCCAAACUGCCCCAUACCGCAGAGUCUGCUCGAAGAAACAUUAGACUCUCUAAUUCUUUUAUUCCCUUACGAAGACCCUGGAACCAUGAAAUUCCUUAAGAGAGAGAAUAAGAACUUUUGGAGACUAGGGCGUUGCGGCCGCACAAGAAAGGCCGAGUUGGACGACUUUUUCCACUGGAAACAAAAUAUUCGGCGACUGCUCAGGGAGUAUGACCAGCCACCGAGAGGCACUCAGCAACUCCGUCUUGAUAGGGAGGGCCGGAACUUCUUAGAGUUCUCCACCUUCUGGACGGCACUCGCUGUUGCCAUCCUGACUAUACUUGGCAUUGCUUUCGGGACGAUCGGAACUGCCUACGCCAUCAAGGCUUAUAAUCUGUCCUACAAGCAAUACGUGCUGUCACAAAAGCAAUACGAGCUUGAUCUAGUUCAAGCAUGCGCAGAUCCAGAAGCUGCCAAACAGUGGCCAGAAUUCUGUGGGAGCUAG